AUGAGAGGACGUUUCUCUAUCGAGUGGAUGGCUCAGAGCAGCAAGCCGGCCGGAUCGGGGACCCCCACAAUCGCUGCCUCCGGACCUGCAGCCUGCGGGACACAUUCAGAGAGUCUGCCCGGCUUCUACCAUAGACAGAAGUCAGAAAAUGUACCUGAGCGGCAGCAGCAGCAGCAGCAGGGUCAGAGCUGUGAAGCCUUCAGCCAGAAGUCUGUGCAGCUCCAGACCUGCUCCAGUAACCAAGUGACUGAGGUUGGUUUCAGCAGCGGGACAGAGGAGGAGACGUCCGGCUACGAGAGUGAAGGAGCUCCGUCCCUGUCUUCCCCCUCAGACUGCCCGUCCACGUCCCCCCCGUCCCCCCCGGUGGGCAGGAGGCCUCGGACAGCGUUUACUGCAGAGCAGAUCAGCAGCCUGGAGAGAGCCUUCAAGAGGAACGCCUACCUGGGAACACAGGACAAGGCCGAGCUGUGCAAGAAGCUCAACUUGUCCGACAAGCAGAUCAGAAACUGGUUCCAGAACCGGCGGAUGAAGCUGAAGAGGACGGUGCAGGAUGCUCUGGCUCACGCCUGUCAGGCCAACGUGGCCUCUCAGUUCAUGCACUACCACGAGCUGCAGGCCUACAGGACAGGGCCCUACCCCAGGUACCACACAGCAGCGGGGCCAGCAGGGGCCCCUGAGGGCCCGACUGCCGCUGCUGCUGCCUCGUACAUCCAUCCACACAGCCUGCAGUACAGCUCAGCUCUGCCCAGCGUCACAGCUCUGCCUCUGGACUCCUACUACCAGUACAGCAGCCUCCCAGGAGUCAUGUUGCCAUCGGCCACGUCUCAGCUCAGAGGAUCCUACACGACUUAUCCUCAGUAUUACUGA